AUAAAGCACUAUAUAUAUCCUCGUCUCGCUCCCCACUCCGGAAGAAGCUUAAAAACCUCCUUUCGUUUGUUAGGUGAUACUGUCAGAAUCUACCCAGGAUAUUUACUCUUCAAAGUUACAUUCCGAGAGCGAGCAAGCAAGCAAGCGCGAGAGAGAGAGAGAUGUCGUCGGUGGUGCAAUUCGCUUCGCAGGAAUCCAACAGUACUCGCGAAGACGGCAACGAACGGUUCGAUUUGCUCCGGCUUCCGCGACCGGCGGUUACCAACCUGUCACUUCCGGCCGAGGCUUUUCUGAAAGCGGCCGUCUCGAUCAAGGACCAGGUAGUAGAAGUCACGUGGAAGAGGCGGUGCGAAGCGGAGGGGACUUGUACGGACCCGACAGCAUACACGGGGCUCCUGGGGACGGCGUUCACCUGCUUGCGGUCGUACCUGGCCACCGGUAGUCGCCAGGACCUGCUAUUGUGCGCCGAUAUCGUGGACGCGUGUGCCUCCGUCGCACGCACCUCCUACACCAGGCACUUGACAUUUUUGUGCGGCAAGGGAGGGGUAUGUGCGCUUGGGGCAGUGGUGGCUAACCUGAAGGGAGACUAUCAAAAGCGAGACUUGUUUCUGGAUCUUUUCUUUGAGAUUGCACAAGAAAGAGCCCUCCCGGUUGGCCCUGAGGAAGGAGGCUUUGGAAUGUCCUAUGAUCUUCUUUAUGGUCGAGCUGGAUUUUUGUGGGCUGCUCUGUUUAUAAACAAACAUCUUGGACAAGGGACGGUUCCAAAUGACCUUGUCAUGCCUGUUGUUGAAGCUGUGUUUGCAGGAGGCAGAGCAGGGGCAUCUGAUAACACUGGCAGCCCCCUGAUGUUUAGGUGGCACGGGACGAGGUACUGGGGUGCAGCCCACGGCCUUGCUGGUAUAUUGCAUGUCUUACUUCACUUUCCCCUCUCGAAAGAGGAUGCUGAGGAUGUGAAGCGGACUUUGCACUAUAUGAUGAGCAACAGGUUCCCCAGUGGAAACUACCCCUCGAGUGAAGGGAACCCCAGGGAUAAGCUGGUACAAUGGUCUCAUGGAGCAACUGCCAUGGCCAUUACCCUUGGCAAGGCAUCGCAGGUAUUUUUAGGCGACAGGGAGUUUCGUGAAGCCGCCAUUGAAGCCGGAGAAGUGGUAUGGAAAAAUGGGUUGGUGAAGAAGGUGGGACUCUCCGACGGCGUGGCCGGGAAUGCUUACGCCCUACUCUCCCUGCGCCGCCUGACUGGAGAAGGCAUAUACGAAGAGAGAGCAAAGGCAUUUGGUAGCUUCCUGUACCACACCGUGACCAGGGAACUAGUAGUGAGUCCUGGGCAAUCUAAAGGCGCAGAUUACUCUCUGUUCCAGGGCCUAGCAGGAGCAGCUUGCCUUUGGUUUGAUUUGCUUGAGCCAGCAAACUCCAAGUUCCCUGGUUAUGAACUCUAAGACUUAGACUAAACUGUUGUGCGAUGGGGGGCUGCUUGCUUGGUUGCUGGACGCAUGCCUGCCUUUUAGUAUAACUACGGGUGAUAUGGUGUGUGCUUCGAGAUCAAAAUCGUUAUAAGUGAAAUGGAAGAUAUUUGGAAUAUGAAGGACGUGAGUGGUAUAUAGAGAAUCAUGCUGAAGUAUUAUUCACCCAAGUAAAUGAUGUACUGUGAGAAGGGUCGCCUUCUAUUUUGUGUUAUUUGUCAAAGUUUCUUUUUAAUUAUAUAUUAUAAUUUAUAGAUUAAAAAUAAA